CGUCUUGUGUGCGUACAUCAUCUUUCUCCAAGAAUAUUUCCUUGCUCGCCUUCUCGAUUUUGAUCCCACACCGUCCUUUUCUUCUCUCUUAUCUGCAUUGUCAAUUUUAUUGUUGAUUCUCAAGUACACUGAUUCGACAGCUGCGAAAAGAAUUUGAACGUCUCUGACGGCUUCUUGUUUCAAAGCUGGAUGAUUGGAAUUCGACAUGUGUUUUGUGUUGGGAGAAGUUAGUUUAGGUUGAGAGCAGGAAUCGGCAGAUGGGGCCUUCUACUCCUUCUGGCAGUAUGGCCCAGAACGUGAAACGCAAGAGGCUUUACCAAGUAUGGAGGGGGAGUAACAGAUUUUUUUGUGGUGGCAGAAUUGUCUUUGGCCCUGAUGUAGCUUCCUUAUUUCUCACCACACUACUAGUUGCUGGACCUGCAAUUGCAUUUUGUGUGAAGAUAUAUAUUAAUAUUAAAGAUACUAAGAACCCCGGUGAUGCAUAUCAGUAUUCCGUAUUGACUACAUGCUUAAUUCUCACUAGUUUGGACUUAGUAUUCCUCUUCCUGACCUCUGGAAGAGAUCCGGGAAUUGUCCCCAGGAAUACAAGGCCCCCGGAGUCAGAUGAAGCCUUUGAUUUGCCUACCCCUUCCAUGGAAUGGAUUAAUGGUACAACCCCUCAACUAAAACUGCCUCGUACUAGAGAUGUAACAGUUAAUGGCCACACAGUUAAAGUGAAGUUCUGCGACACAUGCUUGCUUUACCGCCCGCCUCGUUGUUCUCAUUGUUCCAUUUGUAACAACUGUGUCCAGAGAUUUGAUCAUCACUGCCCCUGGGUUGGUCAGUGCAUUGGAAUAAGAAACUAUCGGUUCUUCUUCAUGUUUAUUUCAACGUCAACCAUUUUGUGCAUAUAUGUCUUUGUGUUUUCUUGGAUCAAUCUUGCCCUGAGUGGUGUUAACCUUGUGAAGGCAAUAACACAAGACUAUGUGUCAGAUUUUCUCAUAAUAUACUGUUUCAUAGCAGUCUGGUUUGUUGGGGGCCUCACAGCUUUCCAUUUGUACCUCAUUUGCACAAAUCAGACAACUUAUGAGAACUUUCGUUAUCAAUAUGAUAAGAAGGAAAAUCCAUACAAUAAGGGAAUUCUGAGAAAUUUUAAGGAAACACUUUGCUCCAAAAUACCCUUUUCGGAGAACGACUUCCGAUCAUUUGUGCUGGUAGAUGAACCUGUGAUGGCUGGUUCUGUGAUUCCAAAUAUUGAGGGAAGUAUGAACCUAAAGGAGAAGAUUGACAUUGAAUUAGGAGGAUCUAUGCGUGCCGAGGAUGGUGGUUUCCCAAUCCCUGAAAUUUUGCAGAAUUUUGAUUUUGAUAAACUGGAGGAUGAUAUGAAAUUUGCAGAUCUAGAGGGACGAUCUUCUUUUGAUCCAUUCUACAGUGUUGAAGAAGAUGUGAAAGACGCAGCACAAAGCUUUGAUACCUCGGCGAUAAAUUUGGAAAGCAUUUCAAAUGAACAUGAACUGGCAGAAUCUGGGCAAAUCCCCCAUGCUGAAGAUGAAUGCAGAAAAUCCGCUCAAAGGUCCACUGAAGUGGACGAAACAAGUUCAGUUAAGGAAGCUGAUAAAAGAAAUAGCCAAACUUAAGCUACAAGCCAAGCUUUCUACAGCAAUCAGUGCCUUAUGAUUGGAUCCAAAUAGGCCAAACGCAAGUUCAUUGGUGCCAUCAAUGUUGUACUGCAGAGGCUGAACUUGCACAAAGUUACUCUAAAGGUUCGACGAGUGUUAGUUGUAAGCCGUAAAUGCCACCUUGAGUUCAAGAUAAUGGAUCCAUGUUGUUCGGAUAAGUUUACGACAAUACUGUUCUUGUUUUGCUUUUCUCUUCUUCCACCUUGAGUUCAGGAUUUAAGAAUGUUCUCUAUUAACGGUACGGAGUGCCUGUACCACCAACAGUACCAACUUAAUCUCUCGGUGAAGAGAGUAAGGAGGACAAAACAGUGGAGAAUAUCAUUCUCGAGUAUUUUCUUUUUGCCCU